AUGAAUCCAAUUGAUACUAACUAUAUCCUCAACCACAUCAACAACAAUCUAGAACUAUUUCCACAAUGUACCGGAAAAUUUUGUGGUCAAAUAUCAAAUACAAGUUUAUGUACAUCAUGUACAUGGGGAUCAAAAGUAUUUUAUCAAUUUAAUAAUCCAUAUAAUCCUAUAUGUGAAUUAUGUUUAACAUCAUUCACAUUAUAUAAUUGGUUAUAUAUUGGAUUUAUAAUGAUUUUACCUAUUAUAUUCUUAUUACAAAUUUUACCAAUCUUAUCAUUAACAAAAAUUGAUUUAAAACAAUUAGAACAAUCGACUACUACUACUAGUAGUAGUAGUAGCAGCAGCAGUGGUAGUACUGCUACUACUGCUACUACUAUUAGUAAUAAGAUGAGUAUUACUCAAAAAUCAUGGUUACUAUUUCUAUGUUGUAUUAUCAUUCAUUUCAUAACAAGUUUCUUAAUUAUAUUAUUAUAUCCUCCAUUAGGUAGUUUAACAUUAUAUCAUUGUCCUAUAGAUAAUAUUAAAGAAUUUUAUCCUAUUCUAUAUGCUGGAUCAGGAUGUUUAUCUGAAGUGAAUUAUCCAUUAACAUCAUUACCUAUUCUAUAUUAUAUGAUAAGUAUCAUAAUUAGUUUAUUGAUUUAUUCAUUAUUAAUUAUGAUUGCAUUUCAUGAUUAUCAUUGGUUUAAUUAUGUUUAUUAUAUGUUAUAUGCAUAUCCCAUUAUAUGUAUUCAUGUUAUACUAUUUGGAGGAAUAUUCUAUUAUCUAUAUCCAUAUAUGAUAUUAUUUUAUAGUAUAUUGGAUUCAUUAUAUAGAUUUCCAUUAAUAUUUGAUUAUUCUAUCAUUAAUAAUGAUACAAAUAGCAUAAUACAUCCUAUAUGUAAUCCAUAUCAACUGAUUAAGAAUAUUAUACAUGAUCCAGAACAAUAUCUCCUUAUAAUCAUAAUGAAUAUAUUCUAUAUUGGAUAUGCUUUAUUAUCAUUAAAUAUUACCAUCUAUUAUUGGUAUAUAGGUUUAAUGAUUUUACCUAUUGUAUUUUAUAUUAUGACAUUACCAUUCACUCAUCCAUAUCAUUAUAAUGAUUGUCAACAAAUAUUACAUAGAAUGUAUAAUAUUUCAUUUGAAUAA